GACGUAGGAGGAAGCAGCCGCCAUUAGGGGGCAGCGGGGCAGCCUGCCGCGGGGAGGGGAAGGUGCCGGCCCGUGCCCGUCGGUGUCCCCUCGUCCCGGUUCCCCCCCGGGGACCUCGGCGGCGCCUGCUGCGUUCCGCCCCGCCCCGCGUUCCGCCCCCCGGCCCGUUGAUGUGAGGCGGCGGCGGCGGGGCGCCCAUGGCGGCGGCGGGGGCCGGCCCGGGGGCGGCAGCGGCCGGGGGUCGCAGCUUCUCCUUCAAGGUGGUGCUGCUGGGCGAGGGCUGCGUGGGGAAGACGUCGCUGGUGCUGCGCUACUGCGAGAACAAGUUCAACGACAAGCACAUCACCACCCUGCAGGCAUCUUUUCUCACAAAGAAGCUGAAUAUUGGCGGGAAAAGAGUAAAUCUUGCAAUAUGGGAUACAGCUGGUCAAGAACGAUUUCAUGCAUUGGGGCCGAUCUACUACAGAGAUUCUAAUGGCGCUAUUCUAGUAUAUGAUAUAACAGAUGAAGAUUCUUUUCAGAAGGUAAAAAACUGGGUUAAGGAAUUAAGAAAAAUGUUGGGAAAUGAAAUCUGUUUAUGUAUAGUAGGUAACAAAAUAGACUUGGAAAAAGAGCGGCAUGUUUCAGUGCAAGAAGCAGAAACGUAUGCUGAAUCCGUUGGAGCAAAACAUUAUCAUACUUCAGCUAAACAGAACAAAGGAAUUGAAGAACUGUUUCUUGACCUUUGUAAAAGAAUGAUAGAAACUGCUCAAGUGGAUGAAAGAGCAAGAGGCAAUGGUUCCAGUCAGUCAGGAACAGCAAGGCGAGGUGUACAGAUCAUUGACGAUGAACCCCAAGUACAGAGCAGCGGCGGGUGCUGUUCUUCCGGAUAGUAACAAAACUGUGCAUCACUGCCCUCUCAAUAUGAAGACUGCCAUAUUCAAAGUCACACAUUCUUUACCAGUGGAGUAAUAGAAUUAACAGUAUUUAAAAAUAAUUACACAUAACACUGCAGAGACCUUAAGUGCUAAACUAGUGGCGUCUGUGACCAGAGAAUUGGCAUUUUCUACAGUGGUUAACAAAGCAAUUACCAAUGGCCUUUUUACAUACUUUUCUUUAAUGAGGAAUAAUAUGCAUGUAGAAAAGACCUACUUAAAGGCUUCAUUUAUAUUCUUUUAAAUCAGAUCAUUAUUUAAUAACUUAUAUACGGUGUUGUUGGAAUGGUAUACAUUUUUGCAGCUCUUUGUAUUUUGUGGUAGAUUGAAUUGUAUCACUUCUAAAAUGCAAAUUGAUUUUUUUUAAAUUAGCAGAUAUCUGAAGUAAUAUUUUUGCAGGGUCUCCACAAGCCUAUAACCAUCAACUACUUUGAUAUAUUCUGUUCGUCUUGUAUGCCAAGCUGGUAAAAUACAUUGUAAAUUACAUAUUAAAUAUUUUAUCUGCUUUUACAAGUGCAGGUGCAGAAAUAUGUACAUCAGUCUUGUCAGUGAUUGUGAAGUGAAUAAGUCAGUGAAAAGAUGCAAGCUUUUCAUGUGUACUGUUGAAUUGCUCAUUCUAUUCCCCUUUCCUGAAAAUUGAAAACAGCUUUUUUUUGGUAAACUCACAGCUACAGCAUUUUUUUAAAGCUUUUUCUGUCAAGCAGCAGUAUUUAGAGUACCCCCUUAGUAGGAAGGGAAUGCUUCUUUAGACUGCUGUUUAACACUGGGGCGUUUGACUCACAGCUAACACAGUUGGAGCAUGCAUUUAUCUUGCCUCUGCACUUACUUCAUCCUCUCAGAUAUCCCCCAGAAAGUUGAAGCAAAUUUAGCCCUUGUCUGUCUGGUAGCCCCUAAACCAGAUGCAUGGGAAGCUCUUAAGCUGUACUAAGACAUUUGUGUCCCAAGACAGCAUUAUAAAUGACGUAGGAGCGUAACUUUUUUCCUAUAUUGCAGGGCUUGAGUGAACAAAUGAAUUGGCAUUAAUGAGAACUGCUUCUGAUUUUUUUCGAGUGCUUAUGUGGAAGAUAUGGAACUGCCAGAUGCAAUUGUAACUUUGGGAAUGAUAGACAAAACUGAACUUAAUCUUGACUUGCUCUUUCUCUUGUAAAGCUUUUUGAAGCCCACUUAAGGUUUGGGAGGAGGGUGUUCAGAAAUAAAGUGUAUAAAUUACUAUCACAGAAGGAAGACAAAUGGUGGUAGUUGAAACUUCAACAUGUUUUGUGGUCUGACUUUUUUUUCCUUAAGUUGUCAUGCUUGGAAAAACAGUAAAGGUGAUGUCUAUGACAAAAUAGAAUAUUCCUUGGCCUUCCUUUUUCUGAAGGGUAGAAUUAGUAUUGCAUAUAAAUGCAUUUAAUGGUGUGGGUGUAUUAUAAUGCAUAACAGGAGUAGUAGUAACUAAUCAAUCUGACAUGUAAGAAGUGUGCUGUCUUCAUCUGACUUAUUUUCUCUGAAAUAAUAGAUGGCUUUGCUACAGACUGGUCCCAAUGCUCUUUAUUUCCUUUCUUUCUGCCAAAACUGCAGUGUACUUUCUCUAAAGAUGACAUUGGUGUGCUCUUCUGACGUUGUUGUAUGUGUGAUAGGCAAAAGUGCUCUGUUUUUGUUAGCAAAGACAAAGUUACUUGACUAUACAGAGCCUUGCUGUGAAUCUAAAAUUCAUGAUUUUGUGUAUAUAGAAACACUGUGUUAAGCUAACAUCCUGAUAUUAUAUCUCACUUAAGUGAGCCUUGCCAAAGUUAAAUUUGGGUCAGUUUGAUACAAGAAAUAGCACCUUCAAAUCCAUACACUAGACAAGUCAGUCUUGUAAAUAACAAAAUAGUGAUAUGAGGAGUGAAAUUGGUGAGAGUGUUUAAGAUUGAAAUUGAGUUAUAAGAAGAGGUGCAGAUUUUUGGAUUCCAAUUUCAGCUUUUACAAAGAUAUUAAAA